CCGGAAGUACUCACUGUCCCGGAAAUGUACCCCUGGCCAGACGAUUAGCAGGACAGCGAUGGCGGGGGACACUUCAACGGAGCUUCUUUUUCUAGAUACGUUUAAGCAUCAGAGUGCAGAGUUAACCAACGUGGAUGUGGUGCGGUUUCCUUGCGGGGUGCUGAUCACAGAGGUGCGGGUCAUUCCUCCAGGAAUCAAAGCACACAGCAACAUACCUGACAACAGAGCAUUCGGGGAGACGUCGCCUCAUGCAUUUCAGUUGGAGCUGUUCUUCAAUAAUGUCACUAAACCAAACAACCCCACGUUCCACAGACUGGGCAGUCUGGAAUAUGAUGAGAACAAAUCCAUUGUGUUCAGACCCAGUGGAAAGGUGAACACAGAUGGCCUGGUGCUGCGUGGCUGGUACACCAGUCUGACUGUAGCAGUGUAUGGGACAGCAGAGCGCUCACAUGGACUUGAUCAAGCCUCACCCCCUCCUCCUCCACCCCCACCCCCUCAACAGCCAAGCGGGCAGAAGCGGAUUGUUAAACAAGAGUGGGAAAAAGAUGACCAGUACAAUGGCAGCCCACCCAGACCAGCACCCAGAGGGCCUCGUACUCCACCUGGGCCUCCGCCCCCGGAUGAUGACGAUGAAGAGCAGGUCCAAGUGACGGUGGGGGUUGUCAAAGAAGAGCCCUGCGAGGGCCGUGACGACUACCUGGAGGCUGUGUCACCUGAAAGAUCCCUGCCUGCUGAUGAAACCUACUCAGAUGCUGAAGUAGAAGAAGAAGGCGAGGAAGAGGAAGAAGAAGAGGAGCAGGAGGAGGAAGAAGAUGCACGGACUGAAGGGAGCGUUCUGGAAGAGGAGGAAGAAGAGGAGGAGGAAGAUGAGGGUGAGGACGAGGAGAUGGAGGAAGGUGAUGACGGCUAUGAGCAGAUUUCAAGUGACGAGGAUGAUCUGGAUAAUGGUAGCUUCAAGUUGCCCACAUUUGACAUGGACUACACUCCUGAGGACCUGGCAUCUGUCCCACCUGUCCAGUUUGAUCCGUAUGAGCGAGAGCUCAGACCACUGCUCUACUUCACCCCUCCAUAUAAGACCCGCUUUGAUACACAGCUUGAGAAGGCCAGUGUGGAGGAACCCAGGGACCCUGGUGGAACAGAAGGAUCAGCAGGUGUAGAGGAGACUGAGGCUGUUGCCCAGCUGAAAGAGCUACUAGCUAGUAUUGGAAAUGACAGAGAUGCCCGCUGGGUCACUGCUGUGGAAGAGGCACCUGCACUACUGGCCAAAGGGUUGGCUUAUUUAAUCAAACAAGGAGAGGGCGAGAUGGAGGAACCUGUUGGAGUUCUAGUCCAAUGGGCGCUCCAAGCUCUGAGUAUGGAGAUCGCUCUCACACAACCCAUUGCUCUUAACCUCAGACAAUUAAAAGCUGGUGCCAAGCUAGCAUCCCACCUUGCAGAGUGCCCACAGGGCCUUUCAGUGCUGCUACGUGAAGGGGCUCUGGGUGUGCUACUGGAGCUGGUCCAAGCGGACCAUGUCUCCUCCACACUGAAGUUGAGUAUUCUGAGAGCUCUGGGUGCUCUGACCAGCACUCCUGCUGGUGCAGAAGCUUUCCUACAUGCAACAGAGUCAGAGAAGAGUGGCUAUCAGCGUUUAGUCCAGCUGUUCCUGCGUGAAGAAACAGUGAGGGUCAUAACAGCUGGCAACGCCAUAUUACAGAAAAGCCACAUGUAUGAGGUACUGGUCGACCUGCAGAGUGCAGCUGCAGCAUGGAGUGAACCACCGCAGGUAGACACUCAAUCAAAAACACUCAUUCUCACACACAUAUAUGUUACUCUUCAAAGUAAAUUUUUCAUGAUAACUAUAACUGACUAUCAUUCUCAGGAGGAGAUGGAGGAUGCUGAUAGCCCUAUGGAGGAGGAACCAUCGCUAAGCUCCUCCCCCGUCAGCGAGGAAGAGCUUGAUAGGCUGGCAGGAGUUUUAGAAGAGUUACAUCACUUGCUAGAGACGGCCCCUUAUUGCAUGGUGCAGCCACCUGUGAAAGCCUUUCCCACUACUGCUAGAAUAACAGGACCACAGGAGAGAGAUGAUCCUUACCCAGCACUGUAUAGGUAUAUGCAUGCGUGCCAUUUUCUGGAGAGCGCAGCAGCUGUGAUGUCAGCGGCUGUGGCAGCCGGCCACCUUGGUGUCACCCAAGCUGUUCGAGAGCUCCUCCGCUUCCUCUCCCUCACCCAGUCAGGUCUGCUCUUCCUUCUCGCCCAGCCCACUCCUACCAACCUGCUGCUGCGUCUCCUGGCUUCUAUGGCAGAAGCUGAGAGCGAGGAGACAACCUUUACCGGGGGGGAUGGAGGUGUCACAGGGCCAGGGUUCGGUGAAGAGGGCUUUGGCGUGUGGCUGAUGCAGGCGCUGCAUGCUCUGCAGAGUGUAUCAGAGCUCAUGAGUCAUGUGGCCACAGGAGGAGAUGGAGGAGCUGGGCUAGAGGAAGGUGACAACCCGGAGGUACUGGGCAUGCUCCAUGCGCUCUACCUGAUGACCUUCACACAGACCGGGCGCAGUGCUGUGGCCCACGUUUUAAGCCUGGACAACAACCUCUCGUGUCUGGUCACCCUUCUCCAGCACCACAGCAAAGAUGGACAGGGUGAGGUCAAAGCUCGCAAAGCAGUGACAUAUAACUAUGCCUGUAUGCUGGUGUUACUGGUAGUGCAGAGCUCUAAUGAACUGCGGAUGAUGGAACAAUAUGCUGCCCCACUACUCGCCAUAGCCAAGGCUGAUGACACCAAUGCCAAGUUACAGGAGCUUAGCAAAUGGCUGGAGCCUCUGGACAAACUUCGCUUUGAGAUUGGCAGCAUUCCCACCCUCAUAGAUUAUAUCAAACAGAAUGUGGAAAAUGUGUUGACUGCUGAGGGAACUGGAUUGGUCACUGCUCUCCGGGUCCUUUGUCACAUCGCCUGCCCCCCACCUGUUGUAGAAGGUCAGCAGAGGGAUCUUAAGUGGAGUCUUGCAGGGGUCCAGCUGUUCUCUGGCGAGGGUCUGGAUACUUGUGUGCGUGUCUUACAGAAGCUGUGCAGCCUGUUGCUACAGCCAUGGCGUGUGCAUGGACACAUGGGCCCCACGCCGCAGCGCUGCAUGAUCCUCAGUAUAUGUAUCAGCACACUACGAUUGCUGCGCACCAUGCUGAUGGAGCUGCUACGCGGGGGAGCUUUCCAAUUUAGGGACACACGUGUGGCCAGUGUGUUGGUGACGCUCCACAUGAUAGUGUGCUCCAUCCCUGCAUCUGGACGUCUAGACGGAGAGGAGACAAGAGUUCAGGCGGUCAUUGUAGACGUGCUGCUCACUUUCACGCAGGGUGUUAAUGAAAAGGUGACUCAUACAGAAGAGACUCUGGCCAGUAACACGUGGUCUCUGAUGCUAAAGGAGGUUCUGGCCUCACUGCUGAAAGCACCUGAAGGUCUGUUCUCUGGUUUGACGUUGCUGUCUGAGCUCCUGCCUCUUCCACUGCCAAUGCAGAGCACUCAGGUGAUAUCAGUCCAAGAUGUGGCUGUAGCCUUAAACACAAGAAAGCUGUGGAGCAUGCACAUACGGGCGCAGUGGAAAGUGUUUUCCGAGGUUUUGAGGUGUGCGUGUGCCACCAGCUGUCCUCCUCUCCUGGCUAUGCUGAGGAGAAUGUGUGUUCAGCUGGCAGACCUGUCUUCACCCACUGCAAUACUCAUCAUGAAGACCUUGCUCGAGCUACUGCUGGAGGAGCUGCAGCCGGCGGAGGGGAAAGGUGUGUGCUGGGGCCAGGUCCUGCGUCUGCUUUCUUUGAUGGAUGCUCUGGUGUCACAGAAAGCUUGUAAGAGCGCAGCACUGCACCUGCUGUCUGGGUCUAUGUCUGGAGAUGAAGAACUGGCAGACCUGUUCCCCUUGCUGCUGUCUCUCUUGGUUCCUCCAGCUGAGUACACCUUACAGCAGCAGCAAUGCAGCGAACUAGUGGGGACAGUAUUACAGUCACUGUGUGACCAGGACAUUUCUCUGGUGGUUUCUCCACCUGGAGAAAGCUGUGUGUCAGAGGCUGAGCAGCUGGCCAAUGCACUUCCAGGGCGAGAGAUGAUGUCAUUAGUGUGCAACACCUUGUUGGAAGUUUUGGGGAAUUCAGAGAGUAGUGUUCCACUCCUUCUCACCUGUAUCAGGACUUUGACAUUCCUCACUGAGCACGACUAUGGACUCUAUCACCUCAAACUAGCUCUAAAGAAACAUGGUGCUGGUCUAUGCUCGCUGCUAAAAAGAUUGGUGUUUGCCUUCAACAAGGACUCAGCAGAUUUGCUCUCAGCCCUGCUUGACUUUCUCAGACAGAUCCUCAACACAGAAACAAUGUGUGUAGAUGAGGCCCAGGGGUCCGGCGAGGAGUCUGCCUUCUCUUCUCCGCGUUUGCUGUCGGGCUCUGAGAUGAAAACUCUACUGCAGUGGGAGGAGUCAGAGUCCCAUCCGCUCCCUACUUUAGAGAAACAGAUUACGAAACUAUGUAAGGAAGAUGAUUCAUUGGAGACGAUGUUGGAGACCGUGGUUGUUCUGAGGCAGACGUUGGAGACGGCCACAGACACACCUCCUGCAAUUGACACUGAGCCCAUUCUGCCAGCACCCGAGACACUUGCUGCCCAGUUUAAUCACAGGACAGUGUUCAUUCUGUCAGAAGCUCUGGAUGAGCAGCUGAAGACUCUGUGGUUCUCUCCCUUCCAAACUGAUGACAUCGAAGCAGACCUUGAUAUGGUGAAGGUGGAUCUGGUCGGGCUGGCUCAGGAGUGUUGUCCAGAACUGGACCUGAAGGCAGAGCUGGAGCGCUCCUUCUUGUCGGAGCCCUCCUCCCCUGGUCACACUAAGACUCCAAAAGGCUUCCGACUUGGCAAACACAAGCAUGAGACCUUUAUUACAAGCGGUAAAUCAGACUACAUUGAGCCUGCUAAGAGAGCCCACAUAAUGGCUGCUCCUCGCGGCCGUGGAGGUCGAGGUGGGUUUGGACAGAAUCUCAACCGACCCCACGAUAUCUUCCGCCAGCGCAAACAAAACACCUCCCGUCCUCCCAGUAUGCAUGUUGAUGACUUUGUGGCGGCGGAGUUUAAAGACAUUACGACUCCUCUUGGACUUUUGCCUCUUAAACGACCCCCCAAGAGCUCCCCCAAACCCCCCACCAGAGGACUCUUCACUGGCAACAGAGGCAGAGGCACCUUCCACAGCCAGACUCGCUUUUUCACUCCACCACAACCUAAAGGGGUACUGCUGUCCGGUAACUACACUCGCAGAGAAGGAGGCCGUGGUUCAUCAUGGAGCGGCCAAGUUCCAGCUGUCACUCACAGAGGAACCUACAGUGAACCUCGCGGAGGCCAGAGCAACUUCACACGUGGACCGAUGCCUUCCAGACAGCCCCCAGCAAAUGCAUAUCGGUUGGCUCCAAGGGACAGAGCCCUGCGAGGAAGAGGUGGUGCCGGGUUGUCAUGGCUUGGCGGAGGAGGUGGCGGCAGUGCUGGAGGAGGUGGUGGGGGAGGUGGAGGAGGGGGGAGAGGAUCUCAGGGGAGCAAAUUCAGUGGAGGUGGAGGAAGCGGUGGUGGGAGGGGCAGACAUGUUCGCUCCUUCACGAGGUAAAUUCACCUGGGCAAUGACUGCUGCCUUACAUGGCAACGUAUGGACCAAUCAGGAUAUUAUAUAUACUGUCUCCAUGGAAACGUGGUGGGUUGAUGUUGUCACAAUGACUUACAGACUGUGUUGAUGUUUUAUGUUUUUGUUAUCAUGAGUUGUAUUCAGAAAAUAAAGGUCACAGUAACUGAG